UUCGGUGCGUUUGGACUAUUGGGAGUCGUAUUCAAGUGAGUCGUACUCUGAUUCGCUUGGUUCAUAGUCGGAGUCGCUUGUAUCACUGUCUGACAAAUCUGACGAUUCAGACUUGGUCUCCUCGUAUAUGGUCUAUAGGUCGUUGGUUGGCAUUUCCUCUGGUUUAUAAUCUGUCGUCUUAUCGCUCAUAUGCUUUUGUCCCCAGCCGGGUUGUCUGUUCUGCACGUUUUUCAAGAUGGACGCCGAUCUCUAUGACGAGUUUGGGAAUUACAUCGGGCCUGAACUAGAGAGUGACGAGGAAAGCGAGGAGGAGGAUGGGAAUAGGGAUGAUGAUCUUAACGGCUAUGGGGAUGCUGAUGAUGACGAGGAAGAGCAAAUGGACCAGGAUGAUGAGCCAAGACAACAGAUUGUAUUGCAUGAGGACAAGAAGUAUUAUCCUACCGCAGAAGAAGUGUAUGGGCCAGAUGUUGAGACAUUAGUCCAAGAAGAAGAUACUCAGCCAUUAACAGACCCCAUCAUUAAACCUGUUCUAAAGAAGAAAUUCUCCCAUGCUGAACAAGAACUUCCUCUGACAAACUACAACAUUGAGUACCUUGCUGAUUUAAUGGAUAAUCCUGAGCUGAUUAGAAAUGUCGCACUAGCUGGGCACUUACAUUCAGGAAAGACUGCUUUUCUUGACUGCUUAUUUGAGCAAACUCACCCGGAGCUAGAGGCGAAAGAGGGAAAAGAACUACGAUAUACAGAUCUUCUCUUUACUGAACAAGAGCGAGGACUUAGCAUCAAAAGCACUCCUGUCUCACUGGUCUUGCCGGAUACAAAAGGAAAGUCUUACCUUCUGAAUAUCUUUGACACUCCAGGUCAUGUGAAUUUCUCAGACGAGGUGACUGCAGCAUAUCGUCUAUGUGAUGCUGUCAUGAUAUUUAUCGAUGCUUCAGAAGGGGUGAUGUUGAACACUGAGCGUCUACUCAAGCAUGCGGUACAGGAAAACCUUGCUAUCACCAUAUGUAUUAACAAGAUUGACAGAUUGAUCUUAGAGCUCAAACUGCCCCCCACUGAUGCCUACUAUAAGCUCAAGCAUGUCAUAGAUGAAGUGAAUGGGCUGUUAAGUGUCUUUUCUGAGGGAGCAGAUGACCUUGUUAUAUCCCCCCUACUCGGCAAUGUCUGCUUCGCUAGCUCAAGUUAUCACUUUUGUUUUACCUUGCUUUCGUUUGCCAAGCUUUAUGUGGACAGCUUUGGUGGCAACAUUGACCCACAGGAUUUUGCACAGCGCCUUUGGGGUGACAUGUAUUUUAGCUCAAAAACGAGAAAGUUUACCCGCAAAGCUCCCUUGAGUACAUCACAGCGGAGUUUUGUAGAGUUUAUUUUAGAACCAAUGUACAAGAUAUUUGGACAGGUUGUUGGUGAUGUGGAUACAACACUUCCUCAAGCACUGGAUGAAUUAGGAAUCCACCUGACAAAAAAAGAAAUGCAAAUGAACAUUAGGCCAUUGCUGAGUCUGGUAUGCAAGCGCUUCUUUGGUGAUUUCGCUGGUUUUGUUGAUGUAUGUGUUCAGCAUAUCCCUUCUCCAAAAGAUGUUGCAGCAAGAAUGGUGGAACACAACUACACUGGUCCCUUGGACUCUGAUAUUGUCGAUGCCAUGAAUAAUUGUGAUCCAGAUGGUGUCCUCAUGGUACAUACUACCAAGCAGUACCCAUCUCAAGAUGCCACAGCAUUCCAUGUGUUUGGGCGAGUCAUGAGUGGCACUCUAUAUGCCGGUCAGCAAGUGCGCAUCCUGGGAGAAAAUUACACCAUGGAAGACGAGGAAGACUCUCGUGUUGGGAUUGUUGGCCGACUCUGGAUUGCUGAAGCAAGGUAUAAUAUUGAGGUGAACCGGGUGCCGGCAGGCAACUGGGUGCUUAUCGAGGGGGUGGACCAGCCUAUUGUCAAGACAGCAACCAUCACAGAGGUCCAGGGCAGUGAGGAGGCAUACAUUUUCCGUCCAUUGAAGUUCAACACAUGUUCCACAAUAAAGAUAGCUGUUGAGCCUCACAAUCCAUCCGAGCUGCCAAAGAUGUUGGAUGGCUUGAGGAAAGUGAAUAAGAGCUACCCGCUACUCACCACCAAGGUUGAGGAGUCAGGGGAGCAUGUGAUCCUUGGCACUGGUGAACUUUACUUGGAUUGUAUCAUGCACGAUCUACGCAGAAUGUACUCAGAAAUAGAUAUCAAAGUAGCUGAUCCUGUCAUCGCAUUUUGUGAGACAGUCGUGGAGACGUCUUCACUCAAGUGUUUUGCCGAGACUCCCAACAAAAAAAACAAGGUUACCAUGAUCGCUGAGCCGCUGGAAAAAGGCCUGGCCGAAGACAUUGAGAACGAGAAGGUGCUUAUCUCAUGGAACAAGAAAAAGCUUGGAGAGUUUUUCCAGACGAAGUACGACUGGGAUUUGCUCGCUGCUCGCUCCAUCUGGGCAUUUGGACCAGAAAAUACUGGCCCUAAUAUCCUUGUGGAUGACACCUUACCCUCUGAGGUUGACAAGAGUCUGCUCAAUACAGUUAAGGAUUCUAUCAUCCAGGGAUUCCAGUGGGCCACUCGAGAAGGUCCCCUCUGCGAUGAACCAAUUCGUAACGUGAAGUUCAAGAUCCUGGAUGCUGUGAUUGCUGGUGAACCAAUCCACCGCGGUGGCGGACAGAUCAUCCCGACCGCAAGGAGGGUAGCUUAUUCUGCAUUCCUUAUGGCCACCCCGAGGCUGAUGGAGCCCUAUUUCUUCGUGGAGGUCCAGGCCCCCGCGGACUGUGUGUCCUCAGUCUACACCGUGCUGGCGCGCAGGCGUGGUCACGUGACCCAGGACGCCCCCGUACCAGGCUCCCCGCUGUACACGAUCAAGGCGUUCAUUCCCGCCAUCGACUCGUUCGGAUUCGAGACUGACUUACGAACACAUACACAGGGCCAGGCAUUCUGUCUGUCUGUCUUCCACCACUGGCAGAUCGUGCCAGGCGAUCCCUUGGACAAGAGCAUAGUGAUCCGCCCUCUGGAGCCGCAACCAGCCACCCACCUCGCCAGAGAAUUCAUGAUCAAGACCCGCAGGCGCAAGGGCUUGAGCGAGGAUGUCAGUAUCAACAAGUUUUUCGACGAUCCCAUGUUGCUGGAGUUGGCUCGCCAAGACGUCAUGUUUAACUACCCGAUGUAGAGCUCCUCCAAGCACGCCUGGGAUACCUGUGGUGGUCCUCUCUCCAUCCGUGUGGCCGGUUUACAUGUUGAGAGACUACAAUCAGCCUGUACUCGGUAUCCCUGUGGAAUAGCUAGUGCGCAUCCUGCCAUUUAGGUGCCCGUUCUGGGUAGAUGGUUAUACUUGGUCCUCAUCUGCGAGUUGAAUGGAUGUAUCUGCUCGCGCUGAUAUGCUGUUCUUGUAUAUCGGACAAUAGUUAGAAUGCUAACUGAAAUAUGUAUCACCUUGGUAGAGGCGUACCCAGGAGCUUCAUUCCUGUCUCCUAUGUGUGUUGGUUACAAAGAGGGUGAGCUCUCCUUCAGUACACCCUGCAAGUCGUUAGAACUCAUGAACGUUGUGGCGUUCAUUUUCAUUGACCUCCAGAUCACCGCAAAACCAUACACACACCCGCAGUCCGUUCAGCGUCCAUACUCGCCUCGGUGUGUGCACACGUCAAUUGGGUACAGCCCUUAAAAACUUCGUGCCAAGGAUUCGUUAACUUUUGUACAAAGGUUUGUUUUUCAUCAAACGGUAAUAAAUAGUCUCUCUUA